AACACCAGCCUUUUAUGUGACAGGAGAAGCAAGGAAAACACAGGUUUUAUUUAGACAGGCUUGAGCCCUUGUUUGCAGAAUGGAUUCAAUCUUUUCGGUAUUGGGAUCUUAUGUUGACUGGGAUGUCAAAAGUCUGCUGCUCUUCACUGCAGUUUUCAUCAUCACUGCAGAUAUGAUUAAGAACCGUCGACCAGACAACUUCCCUCCAGGACCCCGGGCAUUCCCUAUCUUUGGCAACAUAUUCACUAUGGAUUACAGCAGGAACCAUGAAUUUUUGACACAGUUAUCAGAGAAAUUUGGAGAUGUGUACAGCAUGCGAAUGGGCCAGGCAUGGGUCGUGGUGUUGAACAAGUUCGAGGUUCUGAAAGAAGCUCUGGUAAAUCAGAAAGACAGCCUGAGGGACCGUCCACUGCUCCCUCUGACGCUGGACAUAACCAAUGGACUAGGGGUACUUCUCACUAAUGGGAGCAUAUGGAAGCAGCAGAGGCGUUUUGCACUUUCAACCCUCAGGAAUUUUGGACUUGGCAAGAACUCACUUGAACCCGUCAUCUCUGAGGAAUUUACAUAUUGUGCAGAAGACAUCAGAAGCUAUAAAGGUAAGCCAUUCAAUCCACACCUCGUGAUCCACAAAGCUGUCGCCAACAUCACCAGCUCCCUGGUUUUCGGUCAUCGCUUUGACUACAAUAAUGAGAAGUUCAUAAAACUGAUGAGGUGGUUUGGUGAAUCUCUCUAUAUUCUAGGCACCGUUUGGGCUCAGCUUUACAACGCGUUCCCUCUGCUGAUGAGACGUUUGCCAGGGCCACAUCAGACAGUCCAGCACAUGUUGAACUUUGCAAAGGACUUCAUAAGAGAAGAGGUUAAAGAGCACAAACAGAACUGGGAUCCCUCAGACCAAAGAGACUACAUCGACUGCUUCCUGAAUGAGAUUCAGAUGGGUAAGGUACCGGCUGAUUAUGCUUUUGAUGAGGAAAACCUGGUUAUCUGUGUCAUGGAUCUGUUUAUGGCUGGCUCUGAGACCACAUCCACCACCCUGCGCUGGGCGUUCCUCUACAUGGCAAAGUACCCUGAAAUUCAGGAAAAGGUCCAGGCUGAGAUAGACAGCGUGAUUGGACAGUCCAGACAGCCGUCCAUGCAAGAUCGUGCAAGCCUGCCCUACACUGACGCUGUCAUACACGAGGUCCAGAGGAUGGGCAACAUAGUUCCUCUCAGCCUGCUUCAUGCUACCAACAGGGACAUCCAGCUGGGUGGCUACACAAUCCCAAAGGUCAUCUCAUACAUAAUUUUUACAUCACAUACACGACCACGCUCCACCUUUAUGAAUUAUUACUAUUCUAAUCACCAGGGAGUUGUAAUAAUCCCCAAUCUGACCUCGGCGCUGUUCGACAAGAAUGAGUGGGAGACGCCCGACACCUUUAAUCCAGGACACUUUCUGAACAAGGAGGGCAAGUUUGUGAAGCCAGCUGCUUUCAUCCCGUUCUCUGCUGGUAAGCGGCAGUGUCUCGGGGAGAGUCUGGCCAAGAUGGAGCUCUUCCUCUUCUUUACCUCCUUACUGCAGAACUUCACCUUCUCCAUGCCUGCUGGGGUGAAGCCUGCGAUGGAUUUUCGCUUUGGCGUCAUUCGGGCACCGCUUCCAUAUGAAAUCUGCGCAACGUCACGCAGAAGAGGUGAACUCAAGUUAUGCAGAGAGGAAGACACCUGUGCAGGUGUGCGUGUCUCUGUGAUAAACUCUGAAGAUAAUACUAAACCAGAAUUAGGAUCAUUGCAGAUUUCGAAGUGUAUCCAGAGGCAGCAGGUUGUGACGAUGGACCGACUCUCUGGUGUGUCUGUGUCCUCAGUGUGGUUGUGUCUGGACGGCCGCAGUCUGCUCCUCUUCACCCUGGUGCUCCUGGUGACUGCAGAGUAUCUGAGGAGCCGUCGACCCAGCAGCUUUCCUCCAGGACCUCGACCUCUUCCUCUAGUGGGCAACAUGUUCUCUCUGGAUUUCAACAACGUCCACGGAGACAUGACUAAGUUAGCAGAGAAGUACGGGAACGUGUACAGCCUGAAAAUGGGUCCCUCGUGGACGGUGGUGCUGAAUGGACUCGGCACACUGCAAGAGGGUCUCACCAAAGGAGACCUCCUUGUCGACCGACCAGAACUUCCACUCCACACUGAUGUGCUCCCCAGUCUGGGUAUUAUUUUUGCUAAUGGACAUAUGUGGAAACAGCAGAGACAAUUUGCCCUCUUUACUCUCAAAUACUUUGGCGUUGGCAAGAAAUCCCUUGAAUCUUCAAUACUGGAUGAAUUUAUUUAUUUGUCCAAAGAAGUCGCUGAUCAUAAAGGCAAACCCUUCAGUCCACAUUUAAUGAUGAACAACGCCACCUCCAACAUCAUCAGCUCCCUGGUUUUUGGUCAUCGCUUUGAGUACGGUGAUGAGAAGUUUCUGAAAAUGAUGAAGUUGUUUGACAAAGGGGCCCAGCUUGAAGCCUCCAUUUGGGCACAGCUGUACAACGCAUUUCCUGUGCUGAUGAGGCGUCUGCCGGGGCCACACCGCACUCUUCAAAAGAUUUAUGGUGAAAUAAUGGACUUGAUAAAAACAGAAAUCAAUAAGCACAAGGAAGACUGGAACCCCUCUGAGCCCAGGGACUUCAUCGACUGUUACCUGAAUGAGAUUCAGAAGCAUCAGGACAAGAAGGACGAUGAAGCAGAUGCCGGUUUUCAUGAGAACAAUUUGGCAAUGUGUUCGUAUGAUCUGUUUGGGGCUGGCACUGAGACCACAUCCAUCACCCUGCGCUGGGCUUUGCUCUUCAUGGCAAAGUACGCCGACAUUCAGGAAAAGGUCCAGGCUGAGAUAGACAGAGUGAUUGGACGGUCCAGACAGCCGUCCAUGCAAGAUCGUGCAAGCCUGCCCUACACUGACGCUGUCAUCCACGAGAUCCAGAGGAUGGGCAACAUAGUUCCUCUCAGCGUGCCUCAUGUUACCAACAGGGACAUCCAGCUGGGAGGCUACACAAUCCCAAAGGGAGUUACAGUAAUCCCCAAUCUGACCUCGGUGCAUUUCGACAAGAAUGAGUGGGAGACGCCCGACACCUUUAACCCAGGACACUUUCUGAACGAGGAGGGCAAGUUUGUGAAGCGAGCUGCUUUUAUCCCGUUCUCUGCAGGUAAGCGGGUGUGUCUCGGGGAGAACCUGGCCAGGAUGGAGCUCUUCCUCCUCUUCACCUCCUUCAUGCAGCGCUUCACCUUCUCCAUGCCUCCGGGUGUGGAGGCUGUGAUGAAGCCCCGUUUUGGUCUCAUCCUUUCACCCAACCCCUAUGAAAUCUGUGCCACUUCACGUGAAGAGUGAUAAACGUCAUAGUGCUGUGAAUACAAACAUCUGUAAAAGCCUGAAGGAGGACAUCUUUGCCAACAUCUGGAGCUCCUGAACCAAAGUAUGUCACAUAGAGACCUUUUACCUGCGUAUACAUUCAAGUUUUACAGGAAAGCAAACAAGGUCAUCAACCUGAACGUGCUGGACAGCAGAUAUCAGUACUACACAGCGAUAAUGUGACAUACAGUCACACAAUGCAGUUCAAUUCAAACUGCAACCAAUAAAAGUGGACAAGAACUGCUACUAUGAAUUGUUUAGUGAGAUGACAGCCCUGUCCUGUCAUUCACACAGUAAUUCUAGUUUAAAAUCAAAGAUAUCAACCUCCAAAACGUGUUUGUGUGCUGUAAAAAAUGUUGACACCAAUUUGUAAAAAGGUAAACACGGAGUAAUGUUUAAUAACUAUCAGCUGCCAUAUACAAACAUGACAAAUAAUCAAACCAUUGCACAUUUUAUAUACUGAGGAAUAUUUCAUGAAAUGUAAACAUGAUUGUGUACAGAAGUGAUUUCAAGAUAACUGUCAACAUACAGUACGUCACAGAUCAAAUAAAAAGCCUUUAUGAUACAGUCA